GCAAUGGAAGCGAUCCAUACCCAAGGCGUUUGGGUAGCUGAAAGUCUUCAGCAGAAUACAAGGAGUCAAGAAAAACUUUGGCUGUUUGUCACCCAUAUGGGGGACCCUAAAGCAUCCUUCCUGCUGAUAUUUCCUUUGGUAUAUUUCGUCAACAGGAGAACAGGAGUCGCGGUUCUUUGGGUAGCUGCUAUAUCAGAGUGGCUAAAUCUGGUUUUCAAAUGGAUGCUCUUUGGAGAGAGACCAUUCUGGUGGAUAGGAGAAUCACAAUUAUUUGUCAACAAUCAACCAAAAGUUAAUCAGUUUGCCUCCACUUGUGAAACUGGCCCAGGCAGCCCUUCAGGACAUGCAAUGGUGACUGCUGCAGUUUGGUGGGUGGCGGUGUCUUCCUUGGGUUCAUUUCUAUAUUCCCGUACUCACAGUGUGCUGUUAACAGCAGUACCGUAUCUACUUUAUGUUGCAAUGCUGGCAGCAGUUGGACUUUCACGGAUCUUCAUCCUUGCCCACUUCCCUCACCAGGUUGUUACUGGCUCUAUAACAGGUUUCAUUCUGGGGGUGGUCUUGAGCCGCAGAGUUCCAGAAGACUGCCCCCUGCUGUUCUUUGUGAGAGCCAGCUUUGGUCUGCUCCUCAGUGCUUUGCUGCUGCAUCAUGGACUGGACUGGUUGGGCAUCGAUCUCUCUUGGUCUAUUGCAUUGGCAAAGAAAUGGUGCACCCACUCAGAGUGGAUUCGAUUGGAUACAGCCCCUUUUUCUUCUUUGACUCGAGACUGUGGUGCCAUUCUGGGCCUAGGACUAGCCCAGUACUGGAAGCCCAGUGGAUGGUCUCUCCCUUGGGCUCCAAGGGCUUUGUGUCUGGCUCUUUCUUCUAUGGGCUUAUACCACAUAAAUCGUUUGCCAUUGCCAGUCCACCCACAACCCCUCUUCUAUGGUUUCUUCUUUAUCAAAUUUGUUUUGGUACCUCAAGUGGUCAUGGUUUUUGUACCUGGGUUAGUGCACCUUCUUACAGUCAAAAAGAAGAAGGACUAGGAACACCUUUAUUGGGACUGUAUAUUAAAGCUACAAUCCUGAAGAUUUAUGUACAACCAAAUGUCUUUUUAGUUUUAUUGCUAGCAUAUUUAAGAAAAUAGCUAUUUAACAAAUAUCAAAAUCAUAAAUGUAUUUGUAGUUGCUCAUUUUAAUGGUUACUGUUAGGUAUGACUUUCUCCGGAAAAAUUAUAUGGUGUUUUAUGUAUUCACUAUAGCAGCCAAAUGCAGAAGAAGGGGACAGGUUGGGACAGGUUUAAAGAGGAAGCAAGGUUGUUGUGGCUAACAAGCAGAUAUGGAAGACCAAACCUGUUGAACAUCUUUAUCAGAAGUUAUUACAUCAGUAGCUGAAACCCAGGUUCAACCGUUGUUCUCGUUUGGAAGUGUGCAAUGUGUAUCACAGCAAGGACGAGCAAUGUUUCGUAUGGAAUGAAAGGAUCCUGGUGAUGGAGGUCAAACACCAAUGCAUUUACCAGUGUUACAGGUUUCAACAAAAGUGACAAUUUUCAGGACUGUCGCUUCAGAGGUAUCAUUCAUGUGGUUUCUGUCUGCGGGCGAGACUCCUUCCCUCUCAAAAUCGCAAAUCCCAUGUGCCAGCAUCAUAGAUAUUUUCUAUUACAUAAGAUAUCAAAUAUCAUCCGACGUAAAAUUUUGCCAAAUCAGUAUGUGGAUUGACAGGACCAUACAAGAUCGGUCGAGGUUCGAAACCGGAUCAGUCGAGGCCCGGGUUAACAACGGCCGCCAUUGGUGUUGUGCCCUAACAGGGUAGCAAUGGAAACUGUAAAAUCUGCUGUGGUGACCCCUGAGAAACAGGGAAUAAGCUGGAAGAAGAUAUCAAAUCUUUUCGCUCCCUAUCCAUUUUAAUCAUGGGCCAUGAAGAAAAUUGACCCCAGUCUUUUUUGUUUUACAGUUAAAUUUGCAGGGGGAAAUGCAUUUAAAACAAUUUUGCACAUUUUUUGUAUUUAUGUAAAUAUGUGGCAUUGAUUGUAUAAUUGAGUUUGCUGUAUAUGUUAUU